AAGGAAAGUUUCGGGUCGGGCACGGGCACACUUCAUACUCAUAGCUUCUCCCCCAAGUUGCUUGGAAAAGUCUACCCUUUGACGCCACACACACACAACAUAGUAGCCGCCACCUUCUCCAACCCUUAUGCUUCCGCAACAACACUGAACCAUGCAGAAUAUGUUACGAGCAAAGCAGAUUGGUGCCCUUUCUAGCAGUGCUAGGAGUCUUUUCCUUAGUGGUUCGAGAUGUAAUGCAGCAGAUGGUAAUUCCUGCACUUGUGCUGAGGAUGAAACGUGUGUGUCAAGAAGUCAGCAGAAGAAAAAGGACGAUUUGCUCGCACAGAAGCCGUCGUCUUUAGUAUCCAAAACUGCAUCACAAGUAGAAGGAUCCUUGGUUUUAGGAAGGGCUUCAAAUGGGCCUGCUUCUCUCAAGGUUGAGAGUGUUGAUCAAUCUGGUCAUGUACAACAAGUUAGGUCUAGUUCAGUUACCCCGAGUAGAUCAGAAACUGUAACAUAUGGUUUUGUUGUUGAUGGUGUUCAGAACCAUGUUGCACACACUUCUAUUAAUGCUGACCAGUUUUAUAGGGCCGGUAUUGCCGCUGUCAAUUUUCUUUCUGAUAUUGUUAGUUAUAAGUUUCCUUUAUCGGAUGGGAUGGGAAUACUGAGCUACUCUAAAAAUUGUAUGGUUGAUCCGACCAGAACCUUACCCAACAUCAGAUCUUCCAAUGUGAAACAAAUUAGAAAGGAGAAUUUUACUAGUGUUCAUCCCAAACCACCACCUGUUUCUACUCAUCCAGGGCCAUCCAAUCGUACAAGUAGUCAUCAUGGUGCAAAGGGGAAAGGUGAUAAAUCCAAUUUAGCUAAGGGCUUUAAGCAAGUGGCUUCUUCGGGGACAGAGAAGGCAGGGGCAGCUUCAAAUGUUCCUUUGAAUAAUCAUGACCGCAAGGUUGUGCCACAGAGAACAGGCACUCAUUCAAACCGUUUUGUGACAAAUUUUGGCUCUAACAUGCAAACUUCAAAUCCACAGAUGUUAGGAUCGUUCAAGGGAAGUUUCAAUAAACAACACCCCAGGGAUCCAAAAAUGCCAGCAGGAAUUGCUCCAACGAACAGGCAUUUUGGAAACUCAGGGCGAGUUGUGGAAGUGGUUAGAGAUAUACUGCAUCAUUUAAAAUGGGGUCCUGCUACGGAGAAGGCUCUUCAUAACCUGAAUCUUUCAAUAGAUGCAUAUCAAGCUAAUCAGAUCCUAAAGCAACUGCAAGACCAUUCAGUUGCUCUAAGCUUCUUUUACUGGCUAAAGCGUCAACCAGGAUUCUGGCAUGAUGGGCAUACUUACACCACUAUGGUUGGUAUACUUGGUCGUGCAAGAGAGUUUGGUGCAAUAAACAAAUUGCUGGAGCAGAUGGUCAAGGAUGGAUGCAAGCCUAAUGUUGUAACUUACAAUCGUCUGAUUCACAGUUAUGGCCGUGCAAACUACCUAAAGGAAGCGCUGAAAGUGUUCACUCAAAUGCAAGAGAUGGGAUGUGAGCCUGAUCGCGUUACUUACUGCACACUCAUUGAUAUCCAUGCAAAAGCUGGAUUUCUUGAUGUGGCCAUGUCCAUGUAUGAGAAAAUGCAAGAAGUUGGCCUAUCUCCUGACACAUUUACUUACAGUGUCAUGAUCAACUGCCUUGGAAAAUCUGGUAAUUUACCUGCUGCCCAUAAGCUAUUUUGUGAGAUGGUUGAGCAGGGUUGUGUUCCAAAUAUUGUCACCUACAAUAUCCUGAUAGCUUUGCAAGCCAAAGCAAGGAACUAUCAGACAGCAUUAAAACUAUACCGUGAUAUGCAGAAUGCAGGAUUUAAACCUGACAAAGUUACAUAUAGCAUUGUUAUGGAGGUGCUUGGCCACUGUGGCUAUCUUGAGGAAGCAGAAGCAGUUUUUGUUGAGAUGAAACAGAACAACUGGGUUCCGGAUGAACCUGUUUAUGGUCUUCUGGUAGACUUAUGGGGAAAGGCUGGUAAUGUUGAGAAGGCUUGGGAAUGGUAUCAUGCAAUGCUGAGGGCAGGUUUGCUUCCAAAUGUACCAACUUGCAAUUCCCUUCUCAGUGCAUUCCUCAGGGUUCAUCGAUUGCCAGAUGCAUACAAUCUUCUUCGAAGCAUGGUGGCUCUUGGCCUAAGCCCUUCUUUGCAGACUUAUACUUUACUUCUCAGUUGUUGUACAGAGGCACAAUCACCAUAUGAUAUGGGAUUUUGUCGCGAACUUAUGGCAGUAACUGGCCAUCCAGCCCAUGCAUUUUUACAGUCCAUGCCAGCAGCAGGACCUGAUGGUCAAAAUGUGCGGGAUCAUGUAAGCAAAUUCUUGGACCUGAUGCAUUCGGAGGAUAGAGAGGGUAAAAGAGGGCUUGUAGAUGCAGUGGUGGAUUUUCUUCACAAAUCAGGGCUUAAGGAGGAGGCUGGUUCAGUUUGGGAGGUGGCCGCACAAAGAAAUGUGUAUCCAGAUGCUGUGAAGGAGAAAAGUUCUUGUUAUUGGCUUAUAAAUCUUCAUGUGAUGUCUGAUGGAACUGCUGUAACAGCAUUGUCAAGGACACUUGCUGGGUUUCGCAAACAAAUGCUGACAUCUGGUGUUGGCCCUAACAGGAUAGAUAUUGUAACUGGAUGGGGUCGCAGGAGUAGGGUGACAGGUUCUUCUCUCGUGAGACAGGCAGUGCAUGAACUGCUUCAUAUGUUUAGUUUCCCAUUUUUCACAGAAAAUGGCAAUUCCGGUUGUUUUGUUGGAUGUGGGGAGCCUCUUAGUCAAUGGUUGCUCCACUCUUACGUGGAACGAAUGCAUUUACUGUAGUUUCUUAUUGUAGAAUCGUUUCCCCUUCAGCUUAGACACAAUUUUGCUGCGGGAAAUGUGCUCCGAGUGGCACUUUUAUUCUCAAUGCUGACAUUGUAUGUAAUAUUAGCUUGUCAGCGCUAAGUUAUCCAACUUGUUAUCUUCAAAGCUUUUUAUUAUGGGAAUCAUAGACUGAAUGCUUGAUGAUGGUACUCUUCUCUCCAUUUGUGUUUUUCAUUCUGUUUUUUUUGCUUUUUGCAGAGUAUAGGAUUUUAACUUUUAACGGUUAAAAUCCGUGUUUUACCUUGAUCCACUCGCAGCAUUUUCAAAUUAUUAGGAACCUUAACAUGUAUUUAUUUUUUCAGUUGUUCCUUCCAAUUUUAUUUGAUCUGUAAUGCGCAACGUGCCAGUAUUGGUGACUUUCC